UGCUAACCAGGAAGUGACCAUUCCUUCAGAUUCCUCGGGUUUUGCAGAAGCUGAGAAUCCGUCCGAGGUGAAAGUUCACAUCUGAUCGACAGAAGGUCUCAACACAAGACUCCAGACAUGACGAAGCACGAGUUCGAGGUGGCGAUGACGUGUGAGGGAUGUUCAGGAGCCGUCACCAGAAUCCUCAACAAACUGGAAGACGUGAAGUUCGAGAUCGACCUGCCUAAGAAGCUGGUUUGGAUCGAGUCCGACAAAGACGUGGACUUUCUCACCGAGACGCUGAAGAAAUGUGGGAAGGAAGUGAAGUACAACGGCACCAAAUGAAGGAAUCUGCUGCUGCUCGUAGGAAAUCAUUGCUGCUAAUGCAAAGCAAACAUUUAUAAACUGGAAGGAAGAGUCUGGAUCCCCCCCCCCCUUUCCCUGAAGCUCAUACGCACAACAUCCCCCCCGGAUGCAGAUCAUCUUUCAUAUUAACAAGCCGAGAACAACAACAAACACACAAACGAUUAUGUUAGAACUUGUUAUUUGCAGCAAUGUAUUUGAUAUGUUUGUGUUCAUGUUGUUUGUCCUGGUCAAGAAAUGAAUUUACACAUUUUCAUGCAAGUCAUUUUUGUAUAUGUUGCUCUUUUAUCUAAAAAAUAACAGGACUCCAUGUAUGUUCUUAUAUAAUUGUAAAUUUCAGUUGUCAAAAGAAAAGAUUUACACACAAACAGAUAUGUGAAGCCUUUAGUGGCUAUUUUCUUGUUUAUUAUGAUCAUGAUGUUUGUAACUGUAAUGACGUUGCGACAGAAAAACAGAUUAUGUCAAACUUCCUCUGAACCAUGUGAAGAACAUUCCCUGGAUUAUAAAACAUUCUUCAAACUACGGACAGUAGUUGUUCUCUCAGUAUUAUUGACUUUGUUGUGGAAUUAACACUAAUAAAUGGUGAAUAUCUGCAAUGGUUUUGGAGAUUUGCAAACGCAGACUAAUGUAUGAAAUUCACUAUUUUGUUACUUUAGGAAAAACAACCACCAUCUUUUUUUUUAUUACAAUCAUCUGGAAAAUUAAAUAAAAUCAACUCUGCCUCA